AUGGGUGAGAGGGGACAAGCCAUCGGGCCACUCUGGCGGUCUGAAACCUGUCCCAGGCAGCAGCACGCGAAGGUGCCAGGACAUCGCUCCGUGUUCCUGAGAGAUUCAGCUUUCAGCAAUUCGAUUGAGGGAAGGGCGGUCUUCUCCCCAUCCCCUCUAACAUUGUCCUCUGUCAUGUUCUUCAUUGUUGCCACCAUCUUCCCUUCCCUACCUGUGCCCCAUAACACCUUCUGCCUCUCCGAAAUCUCGGUCCCCUUCUCCCCCACUCCAGCAGCUGGCUUGUGGGCGAUUUUGGAAGCUGACACGGGAGACAAAGCUCAAGAGCUGAUGGUGUCUCCUUCCCCCGGUUUGCCCCCGGCCAUGGAGCACCACGUCAAAGGGUGGAUGUGCUCCACACUGGUCACCCAUGGCAUGCGUUGGUCCCCAUCUGUGUCAUGGCAAAGGCCGGGGCCAGGUCCAGUCCUGGAGAAAUAUCCUAAUACACCUAUGAGCCAUAAGGAGAUCCUUCAAGUCAUCCAGAAAGAAGGACUGAAAGAAAUCAGGUGAGUUAAUGGGACCUCUCCUCUUGCAUGCCUGAAUGCUAUGUUACAUACAAACUCCCGAGGGGAAGAGGGCAUUUUCUAUAAGGUCCCGGGGCGCAUGGGAGUCUACACUCUGAAGAAGGAUGUUCCAGACGGGUUGAAGGAGCUCUCGGAUGGCUCAGAGGAGAGCAGCGAUGCCCAGUCCGACUCUCAGAGCUCCGAGAACUGCAGCAGCAGCAGCAGCAGCAGCGACGGGUGCAGUAACAAAGAUGGGAAGAAAAGCAGAUGGAAAAGGAAAGUGUCAUCUAGACUGUCGCAGACAUCCUCCCCGCAGUCAGGCUGCCCGUCACCUUCCAUCCAGACAGGCAAAGUCAUCUCCUCAUCCCAGAAGCACAGCAAGAAGGCACUCAAACAGGCCUUGAAACAGCAGCAGCAAAAGCAACAGCAGCAGCAAUGCAGAGCCGGCAUGCCCGUGUCCUCUAAUCAGCACGUCCUUCUGAAGGCUGUCAAGGCAGCCAGUGACUCCACACCAAAACUCCCAGCAACUUGGGAAGGCAAGCAGUCAGAUGGACAGUCAAGCAGCCCUCAGAACUCCACCUCCAGUUCCUCUCCUUCUGUUAAGCUUGAUAACUCCUUGCCAGGGCUGGGGAAGAAACCAUUCCAGAGAUCUGACAGGCUCCAUGCAAGGCAGCUGAAGAGAACAAAAUGUGCUGAAAUUGAUGUGGAAACUCCCGACUCCAUCCUCGUGAACACAAACCUGCGGGCGCUGAUCAACAAGCACACGUUCUCUGUUCUGCCUACAGAAUGCCAGCAGAGCCUGCUGCUGCUGCUGCCGGAGGUGGACAGGCAGGUUGGGGCGGAUGGUUUGAUGAAGCUGAGUGGCUCUGCGCUCAACAACGAGUUCUUCACUUCAGCUGCCCAAGGCUGGAAGGAGCGGUUGUCAGAAGGUGAGUUUACACCAGAAAUGCAGCUAAGAAUACGGCAAGAAAUAGAAAAGGAAAAGAAAGUGGAGCUGUGGAAGGAACAUUUUUUCGAGAGCUACUAUGGUCAGAGUUCUGGACUAAGUCCUGAAGAGUCCAAGAGACUGACAGCAAACACCAGCCCUGUCGAGACAGAGACUGAACAUCCAGCACCUGAACAGCCAAAAUGCACGCCAGCCUCUCUGGCACCGCUCAAAGAGGAGACUACUUCUCCCGUAGAGUCUAAAGCACAAGCAGUCCAGGAAGCGCCAACAAUGAAAAAAGGAGGAGAGGAAAGAAGAGAGGACACGCAGCCCAAAGCAGCCAAACCUGCCGAGGCCGCGGUUUCCCCGGAUGGGUGUGCGGUGAAACCUGGCGACCGUCCUCUCCCUAUAAAAGAAAGACCCCCAGGAGAAUCCGUUCCGGAGAAACCACAAACGGCUGUUAGUCAAAAGCCUGAAGAAGAGAGAAAGCACGCUGCGUCAAAGGAAGUGCUGGGGAAAGAGACUGUCGGUACCUCAGCUUUGGCCCCGAGUAAACCAAAGAGCCCCGAAGCAGCUGAAGUAGUAGCAAACGUGAAAAGUGCAGUGAUUGCUCCAGAAACACCAGAAAAGAAGCCCCCUGUAAAUGAAGCAAUGGAAGUCAGUGUUGAAGCCCAUAAGAGGAAGUCAGAGAGUCAUGAAGAAGCUCCGACCACUCCUGAAAAAAAGCCACGCAUGAUGGAGAACUGCCAGCACCGCCAGGCGUUUCGGGCCCAGCCCCAGUCCUUUCCUGCAGCGGGGACCCCGGUGCCACGGGUGCCCCCACUCAAGAUCCCCGUUUCCAGAAUCUCCCCGAUGCCAUUUCCUGCGGGCCAGGUCUCUCCCAGGGCACGUUUCCCCAUCUCACUCACCAGUCCGGGAAGAACAGGGGCCAGAACUUUGGCAGACAUCAAGGCAAAAGCCCACGGAACCAACGAAACUGGAAUUCGAGGAAACGCACUGGAACUGGCAGGAACUGGAAGCGGGGGAAGUUCGAGAAGGUUUCUUCCCCAUUGUCCAGGGACACGUUCCCAAAUGGAGACCCCGGCCCCGGGCCAGGCACCGCCUCACGAUCCUUCUAGAGCACAACUACAGCAAACUUCCACGCUGCAACCCAGAACUCCAUCCAGCAACACAGGCACCAGCUCCUCCUCAGCAGCGCUGUCGGCAUUAGAGAAAACCAACAGAAUGAAACAGAGCCCCCCCAGUAUGACCGUAAGUCAGGUUUCAGGCUCCCCGUAUGCUGGUAGCAGUGACAAACAAGAGAAAGCACCUUCUGCUGCGGCAGGUCCAAGCCCGGCCUGCGGGGCGUCAGCUGUCAGGGAUGGAACAGUCUGUGUCGCGGUGUCCACAGCAGAGACCGGCACAAAUGUAACUAAGGUAGCACCUACGGCCUUAGGAGGCACCAGCUUAGAUGUUUCUAAAAGCAAAUCUCCUUCCUCGCCGGUGUCUUCACUGACAUCCACGAGCUCGGAAGCCCAGGCUGGAGGGGUGGUCACAUCUGCCACAUCUGUCCCACCCUCUAACACCUCCUCGGUAGCGCCUAGCCUUAAAACUCACGCAACUUCAAGCUCAAGCGGGGCCCUCCCAAAACCAAGCUCCAGUAUUCCCGCGAACAACCCUUUGGUCACCCAACUUCUUCAAGGCAAGAAUGUCCCUCUGGAGCAAAUCCUGCCGAAGCCUCUCACCAAAGCCGAGAUGAAAACUGUCCCUUUAGCUUCUCAUGAAGAAAACUGGGCAGCAGCAGCAUCCAGUGCUCCAAGCGUAGCAGGGAACAGCACUGGAGCCGAGGGUGGGGAAAGACAAUCGAGUUUACCCACACAACAGCUUGGGAAGGUCUUUUGCCAGAACAGGCCUCUGCCUCACAUUCCAAGGACCUUUCCGCUCCCCUCGGGGAAGGACCCCAGUCCUGACCAGCAGCAGUGCCACGAGGGGCUCAGCAAAACAACCCAAGAGCAGAUCCUUCAGACUCUUAUCAAGAGGGUCCAGAGGCAGAACUUGUUGCCAGUCCUUCAGCCUUCACAACUGAACCUCACUCACUCAGGUUUCCAGUUAGAAAACAGCUCCACCAGUCAGCGAUUUAUGCUGGGUUUCAUGGGCAGAAGGACAUCCAAGCCUGCGAUGUCUGGUCAUUAUCUGCUCAACAUUUCCACCUAUGGCCGCGGUUCAGAGAGUUUGAGGAGAGGCUUCUCCUUGAACCCUGAAAACCGCCUGUGUCUGAACAGUCCUGCUGAUGCUCCAAAAGCAGAAUUUGGGGAAGGUGAGGAGAUGGCUGGCCAUGGCAGCAGCAGCGAUGAAGGAGAUGCAGAUGAUGAGAGUACUGGUGAUGAACGUGAACAUAUCAGUGUAAAAGAGGAGCCCCAGGCUGCCCAGGCUUCUGGUCAGUGUGAAAAAGAACAGGUAUCACAUAGCAUGAGUUCGUCGGAUUACAGCACCCUUGCUAAAAAGGGUGUAAAGACAGAAGGAGCCACGUCUCAGCAGGCAGCAGGCAGCAAGGAGAACGUCCAGGCAUUUGACGGAACUACGCUAGCACGAGAUUUUAUUCAAGCCGCUCAAGAGCAAAUGGCACAUGCAAUGAGGGGGAAAACGCACAGCAAUCCGGAGCCUUUCAGUGCUGCCGUACCGUCCUCGGACUCUGCCCAGCAGCAGCCUCCGCUGCUCUCUCCUUCGCAGCCUCCAAAGCUGUCUGGAGGUGCUGCAGCACAGCUCCUUGGGCCCAGUUACAGUGGGACAAUAAACGUCUCCACCUCCCCGGACGUGAACCAAGGGUCUCUUAUGAGCGGGCUGUCUGAAUGCAAUCAGUUGUCCAGUAGCAUGGGGAACGUCAUGUCCUUCUCUGUGACUGUAACCACCAUUCCCACCAGCCAAGCUAUGAACUCCAGCAGCCACAGUCAGAGCAUCCCCGUUCAGGCCUUCGCUGAAGACAACAGCAUGGAGGAUUCUCCUUCCAAAUGUUACUGCAGGUUGAAAGCCAUGAUCAUGUGCAAGGGCUGCGGUGCCUUCUGCCAUGAUGACUGCAUUGGCCCCUCUAAGCUCUGUGUCUCCUGCCUCGUGGUGCGGUAACCGGGAGGGGAAGUGGGGAAGAGGACGGCUUGGUUUUGGUUUUGCUUUGGGAAGUACAAUGGGAAGAAACAGGAAAAUUACUGCCUUGCACAAGAGACACGUUACUGAAUCAGGAAUACAGAGUAGAGUUCUUCUUU